AUCAGACCUAGCCUACAGCCAGCUCACAGAAAGACAGAAAUAAGUAGUACCCGUUAUAGCUAUGUGCCUGUGGCUGUAUUUAACCAUCUUUGGAUGUCUGUCAGUGUCUGUCCCGGCUCCAGCGGUGGAGCAGGGAAGGAGCUGUGUGUUCCUCACCAGCACCCGUAACUCCAAGCAGAUGGAGGCGGGCCGCGUUAACGGGACAAUCCAGUACUGUAGCCACACUAACUGCUGUGCCGGCUUCUUCAAGCUUAUCAGGGGCCAGCCAGUGGCAGAACUACAAGGUUGCAAUCCAGUAGUCGGUGACUGCCCAGACAAUGCCUGCUUUACAUCAACCACCAACUAUAACUACAUCACAUGUGUGUGCAACUCAAACCUCUGUAAUGGCAACAUCACCUGGAACCCAGAAGAGAAGCAACCUCAACUCAAACACUCCUCUUACUUUGUGGACAUGGUCAGUGCCACUGUGGUUGUCAUUGGGAUGUUACUGUGUACCCUAGUUGUGGCGGUUAAAUGCAGGCAUCGUUUCAGAGGUUAUGAAGAGAAGCAGCAUCUAUCUUUGCCAGAGGUAUCUCUGGCCUCACUGUGCUCAUGCUACAUAUCAAGGCAGUCUGAUGUUGACCUGACCAGCAUGGAACUACAGCAGAUUGUGGGUCGUGGUCACUCUGCGUCGGUGUGGCAGGGAAGCUACCAAGGGACUACGGUAGCUGUGAAGGUUUUCCCUACCUGGUGCAGACGGGAGUUCACAGCGGAGAGGGAAGUGUACGGACUACCACAUCUGGUGAAUUCUGGGAUUGCUCACUUCCUGGGAGCCGGCAGGAAGUCAGAUAGCGGAGAGUGUGUGGUGGUCCUGGAACUUGCCUCAUGCGGCUCUCUCAGCUCCUUUCUGUCCAAGAACACCAGUGACUGGACGACAACGCUGAAGCUGGCCCAGUCUCUGUCUGAGGGACUGGCUUAUCUCCAUUCUGAUUUCUACAGGCAUGGGGUGCACAAGCCAGCGGUGGCCCAUAGAGAUCUCAGCAGUAACAACGUGUUAGUGAGGGAGGAUGGUACCUGUGCCCUGUGUGACUUUGGCUGUUCCACCAUCCUGCGCUCAUGCUCCGGUCCACAGAGCUGGCAGCGCUACAUGGGCAACAUACAGGGCAGGGUCCAGGUGGGGACGUUGUGCUACAUGGCCCCUGAGCUCCUGGAUGGCUGUGUGAACCUGACCAGCGGCUGGUGUCUCAUACAGGGAGACGUCUACGCCUUAGGAAUGCUGCUCUGGGAGAUGUUGAUGCGCUGCUCAGACCUCUUUACAGGCUGCCUGGUGUCAGAUCACAGACUGCCUUAUGAAGAAGAGCUAGGGGCCAGUCCUUCUUUAGAGCAGCUUAUCAUCCAUGUGUCUGAGAGAAGGGAACGUCCUUCAGUACCCAAACACUGGGAAAAGGGUUUGCGUGACGUUCUGUUGGACUGUUGGGACCAUGACUCAGACGCCAGACUGACAGCACAGUGUGCCAGGGACAGACUAGUGUCUCUACCCCCUUGCUGCUCCAUAUGAUAUACAUCUAUAUCUGUAAUAUUAUGGGAUACAUAAUUAUUCCUUAGUCUGCGACCAGACUGACACAGCACAGUGUGCCAAGUGUCUCUACUCUCAUGUUUACGUGUGUGCUGUAUUGUAUUCUGUUGUAUUCUAGUCUAUACUAUUAUAUUCUAUACUUAGUCACCUCAUAUAUUGUCACGGUCACAGUUGGAAUAGCUGUGUCUGCUUGCUAUUUCAUUGACUUACACAUUGCCUACAUCAUUUUACCUUAUGUUAUAGGUUAUUUUGUCACAUUUUGUGUACUAUAGUGAAACUCUAUUGGGCUCUUGCUAAAGACUUGUUUGAGAUUUGUUGUAGAAUCCUAUUAAACUUAGUGGUAAACCGCACAGCAGAAUCAGACGUUAGGUUGCUAAGGUACGACUGUGGUCAAAGCUGCUUUUAAAUGUACAUUUUUUAUUGUGACAAUAAUAAUAAAAAAUAUGUUGAUAUUUGUAGAGUGGAGGACAGAAACGUACAUUAUCGUCAAUUAUCGUAGAUUAUCUGAUCACUGAUUUUGUGCAGAAGGCUGAAUAAAGCUCACUAUGAUUAAUGUCA